AUGGGAGCCCCUGCUACAAACUCAGAGACAAUCCACGUUGUCAACAAAGCUGACAACCGCCAACAUGCCGUAGUAAACCUUGAUUCGUCACUGGAUGAAGAGCUGCCUGUCUCGGCGCUCCGUGCGCGACCUAUACUUCUUGGGUUGACUUCCAACAACCUCAGCUACGCCCGUGGAGGGGAUUUACUGCAUUGGUGGGAAACGUAUCCGGUUCCACAUACAGCCCCGCCCCCGUACAACGAUCAGGCUUCCUGGGGUAUCGUUCCGGCUUGGGGAUAUGCCACCGUCACCGAGAGUAGUGUUCCUGGAAUUGCUCCAGAUUCUGUCAUCUGGGGAUACUGGCCGACUUCAACCUCACCCACUCUCUUACGCUUAGAACCUAGUGAUCUUCAGGGUCACUGGGUAGAGGUCAGCAGCCAUAGACAACAGCUAAUGCCUAUAUAUAAUCGCUACGAACAAAUUCUUCCCGAGAACGAAGAGCCGGAUGAGAUGGAGUGGGGUGCCCUCCUCCGAGGGGUCUGGAUCGCCGGAUACCUGCUGAGCGAGUAUGUAUUUUCUCCUGACCCACGAGCACGAGUACCAGUCCACCCACUCGGCGCUGCUAGUAAGCUUCCCUGGUCUGCGGGAGAUGCGGAUCUCUCGUCUGCUGUUGUAGUGGUUUUGGCUGCCUCAACCAAGACUGCUCGAUCCAUUUUGUGGUGUCUUUUUAAUCGGCCCAGGGAAAGUGGUCCCCUGGGAUUGGUCCAGGUUACUUCAUCACCUGCUGCUCUGCAAAAGGUGGCGUCUAAGAAAGGCUGGGGGGAUGUGUCCAAGUCUUUGGCAUAUACAGAGAUCCACCAAGCUACUAGGUGGAUUGAGGGACGACAGCCAUCAAAGGUGGUAAUUAUAGACUGCGGGGCACGGGACCAUGUCCUCAGUCAGUUAUACAAAAGCCUUCAAGUGUCUGCGCUGCAGCCAUGCAAAACUGUCAUUAUACAGUUAGGCAGUCAACAAAAGGUGUAUACAACGGGGGAGAUCCAGACAGCUCGUGCAGAUAUGCAAUCAAUGGGGAAGAUACAGUUCAACGCCUCUGGCGUUCAGGACACACUCAUCGACCGGGAUGGGGCUGCAACCUAUUUCGGAAAAAUCUCGCGCAGCUGGAAGGUUUGGUUAGCAGAUCGUGACUCCGCCAUCCCAGACAUGCAUUUAGUCAGGGGACAGGGCAUUGCUGGAGAGAAUGGAAUCUAUGGGGGAUGGGAACGACUGACACAUGGUGCAGUGCGCCCUGAAGAGGGGCUAGUUUAUGCCCUGUAG